AUGCAAUGCUAUACUGAAGUGCUACCUCCUUCGGGAGUAACGCAUGCCGUAUCUGCAGCGUUCACUUCAGCUACGGCAAAUAAUCUCGUUGUCAUCAAGACAUCUCUUCUACAGAUCUACAACCUGGUCACUGAGACAGUUACUCCUUCUGUCCUGGAAAAUGGCCAACGGGCAAAUGACAACGAGAAAAGAAACGAGACAACAAAAUUACAAUUAUUUGCUGAAUAUGAUCUUCACGGAACAGUGACUGAUAUAUCCCGCAUCAACAUUCUCAAUUCAAGGAGUGGGGGAGACGCCCUUCUCUUGUCGUUCAGAAAUGCGAAACUCAGUCUGAUUGAAUGGAAUCCCGAGAUACAGAACAUCUCGACAGUGUCAAUUCACUAUUAUGAAAAAGAGGAUAUCACGCUCAGUCCUUGGGCACCUGAUCUCAGCCAAUGUGAUAGCCAUCUCACUGUGGAUCCUAGUAGUCGAUGUGCUGUACUCAAUUUUGGAGUGCGGAAUCUUGCUAUCCUACCAUUCCAUCAAGCCGGCGACGACUUGGUCAUGGACGAGUAUGAUCCUGAUCUAGAUAUGGAUGACUUUACUGGACAGGACAAGAAUACAUCCCACACAGACAGCAAGAAGGGAACGGAGAAAGACCAUACUCACCAGACUCCCUAUGCAGCUUCAUUUGUCUUGCCGUUGACUGCCUUGGACCCGACGUUGAUUCAUCCUAUUGGUUUGACAUUUCUGCAUGAAUACCGAGAGCCCACAUUUGGUAUUCUCUACUCACCCAUCGCCACCUCAGCCGCUUUACUCGAAGAACGGAAAGAUGUUGUGGUGUAUUCUGUGUUUACGCUGGAUCUGGAACAGCGUGCUUCCACGCCUCUUCUGUCGAUAGCAAAAUUACCAAGCGACUUAUUACACAUCAUGGCUCUUCCCGCUCCUGUCGGUGGCGCUUUGCUAAUAGGAUCCAACGAAUUGAUUCACGUUGAUCAAUCCGGAAAGGCCAGUGCGGUGGCGGUCAAUGAAUUUGCAAAGCAGGUUUCAUCAUUUCCUAUGAUAGAUCAAUCUGAUUUGGGGCUUCGACUAGAAAAUUCAGUCGUUGAGGUUAUCAACAAAGAGUGCGGAGACAUACUUCUCACCCUUUCGACAGGCGAGCUGGUUUUGGUUCACUUCAAGAUAGAUGGAAGAUCAGUUUCUGGACCCGUUGUAUGUCCGGUACCUACAAAUUCGGGAGGCGAUGUUGUCGGCGCUACUGCUUCAUGCUCCAUCUCUCUCGGGUCCGGCAAGGUGUUCAUUGGCAGCGAAGAUACCGACUCGCUUCUCCUCGAUUGUUAUGUAUCAUCAGCAGUCUCAAAGAAGAGCAAAGACCACGGCGAAGAUCAAUUCGACGAGGAUAUGAACGAUGAAGACGAUGAUGAUAUGUACGAAGAUGACCUGUAUUCAUCAGCGCCAAAGGAAGCGGUUAAUAAAGCAGUCUCAAAUGGCAGCGCCUCAGAAGAUUACUCAUUUCGAGUCCUUGAUAAACUGCCGAGUUUAGCUUCUUUGCGUUCUGUCACCGUGGGAAAACCAGCCAGUCGAGACUCUGAUGCGGGGAACGUCAGCCAAAGUGUACACGAGUUGGAGCUUGCUGCAGCUUACGGUUCUGGCAGGAAUGGAGGAGUAGCUUUGCUGCAACGCGCGCUUCAUCUAGAUGGCAUUUCUACCAUGAACGGCGAAACUGCUGAUUCCGUGUGGAAUAUAAAUACGAGCACAAAAUCCGGUCGUAACGAUCCAAGCGAAGGGGAAAGCCCAUCCUAUGUUUUCCUUACCAAGUCGAAUUCAACAGAUAAUGAGGAGACUCUUGUUUAUGCAGUUAAUGGAUCUAAUCUAGAGCCGUUCAGUGCUCCAGACGUCAACCCGAACGGGGAUCCUACCGUCGAUAUCGGCACGCUCGCUGGAAAUAGUCGUGUUGUGCAGGUGCUGACAGGAGAGGUUAGGGUGUAUGAUACAAAUCUUGGAAUGGCUCAGAUCUAUCCUGUAUGGGACGAGGAUGAGGGCGAUGAGCGAUUCGCAGUUAGUACUAGUUUCGCAGACCCCUAUCUCCUAAUUAUCAGAGACGACUCGUCUGUUCUUCUCCUCCAUUCCGAUGAGAGCGGGGACCUGGAUGAGUUGAGUAAACCUGAGACUAUCUCUUCGCAAUCAUGGCUCUGCGGAUGUUUAUACACGGAUAAACAUAAUGUUUUCGAAGAUAAUGCGACAGGAAAUACCUACAUGUUCUUGCUUAACCAAGAAUGCAAAUUAUUUAUGUUCCGCCUACCCACGAGGGAACUUGUUUCUGUGACAGAAGGAGUUGAUUAUGUAUCGUCUAUCCUUUCUUCAGACCAGCCGGCCAAGCGUCUCAACUCUCGCGAGACCAUUGCAGAGCUUCUGGUCGCAGACUUGGGUGAAAUCUCGACGGCGUCUCCAUAUCUGAUCAUACGAUCCGCUACGGAUGAUCUCAUCAUCUACAAACCAGUCCGCGAAAACAGCAAGGACGAAAAAACCGGUGUUACCUUGAAAUAUAUAAAAGAAUCAAACCAUUUCCUGCCCAAGGUGCCAAUAGAAGCAGCAGCAACUGACACUCAGCAAAGGAUGCCGGGACUUCGACGUCUAGCUGACAUAGGUGGUUAUGCUGCAGUUCUCAUGUCCGGGGCAUCUCCAAGCUUGGUUGUCCGGACAUCUAAGAGCCUGCCUCGUGUUUUUAGUAUUCAAAGUGACUCUAUCCGCGGUAUCAGUGGCUUUGACAGUGCUGGCUGCGAAAAGGGUCUUAUAUAUGUCGACAACGAGCAUGUUGUUCGAACUUGCAGGUUACACGAUAAUACACAACUCGACUUUUCAUGGCCGAUUCGCAAAAUACCGCUGAAUGAAGAGGUUGAUUAUCUAGCUUAUUCUACAGUGUCGGGAACAUACGUUGUUGGUACAACUCACGAGCAAGAUUUCAAAUUGCCUGACAAUGAUGAAUUACAUCCUGAGUGGGCAAAUGAAGACAUAUCUCUUCGACCCAAAGUGGCGCAAGGCUCUAUCAAGCUACUUAACCCGAAGACUUGGAAAGUCAUCGACAGCUAUACAUUCAAUGCCGCAGAACGCAUCACCGCCAUCGAAAACAUCAACCUCGAAAUAUCCGAAAAGACCAGUGAGCGAAAAGACAUGAUCGUGGUAGGCACCACAUUUGCCAAGGGCGAAGAUAUCGCAGCAAGAGGAAACGUAUACGUCUUUGACGUGAUCAAUGUUGUUCCCGACCCUGACGAACCCGGGACAAAUCUUAAACUCAAACUCAUCGGGGAAGAAUCUGUUAGAGGAGCUCUGACUGCAGUUUCGGGUAUUGGAGGUCAAGGGUUUUUGAUCGUUGCGCAAGGACAGAAGUGUAUGGUGCGAGGGUUGAAGGAUGAUGGGAGUUUGUUACCUGUGGCUUUUAUUGAUGUUCAGUGUUAUGUCAGUGUCAUCAAGGAGUUGAAGGGGACGGGAAUGUGUCUUAUUGGAGAUGCACUGAAGGGAUUGUGGUUUACUGGCUACUCGGAGGAACCGUAUAAAAUGACGCUCUUUGGCAAAGACUUGGAUGAGUUGGAAGUGGUGACUGCUGAUUUCCUACCUGAUGGCAAGAAGCUUUAUAUCCUCGUUGCAGACAGUGACUGCAAUCUACACGUUCUUCAAUACGACCCAGAAGACCCCAAAUCAUCAAACGGCGACCGACUCCUCAACCGCUGUAAAUUCCACAUGGGCCACUUCGCAUCUACCAUAACCCUCCUCCCACGCACCGCAGUCUCCUCGGAACUCGCAGUCAUGAACUCGGACUCAAUGGACAUAGACUCGUAUAUCCCCUUACACCAAGCCCUAAUAACCACUCAAUCCGGAUUAAUGGCCCUCGUGACAUCUCUAUCCGAAGAAUCCUAUCGACGCUUAUCCGCUCUGCAGUCGCAAUUAAGUAACACCCUCGAACAUCCAUGUGGGCUGAAUCCGCGCGCCUAUCGGGCCGUCGAGAGCGAUGGUGUCGUAGGCCGGGGAAUGAUUGACGGCAAGUUAUUGAUGAGAUGGUUGGAUUUGAGUCGACCACGGAAAUUGGAGAUUGCGGGGAGAGUGGGUGCAGAUGAGUGGGAGAUUAGGGCUGAUUUGGAGGCUGUUAGUGGUGCAGGACUUGGGUAUUUGUGAUCUAGUCUAAAGGGAGAGUGGUGGUGAUACAAACAUCCUCCUAGAUAGUGCUAAAAAGAGUUUGUCUAAUCAUACAAUAUGUUAAAAUACAUAAA